CUCUCUCUCUCUCUCCUUUCUCUCUUCACUCGCAAAGCUUCUUGUUUUUCGGAAGAUCGCUCGUACUCUACGAUCCGAUAUCAAAAAAAGCAAUCGUUUUUCCCUUAAGAAAUGGCGCUGAUCUUGCAUGCAGGGAAAACAAACAAAAAUGCUUUCAAGACACUCAUUGCUGCAGAGUACAGUGGUGUCCAAGUUGAACUUGCCCAGAAUUUUGAGAUGGGUGUGUCAAAUAAAACCCCAGAGUUUAUUAAGAUGAACCCUAUUGGGAAGGUUCCUGUGCUGGAAACUCCUGAUGGGCCCAUCUUUGAGAGCAAUGCCAUAGCACGAUAUGUUGCUCGCUUGAAGUCUGACAAUCCUCUUUGUGGCUCUUCGUUAACAGAAUGUGCCCAUGUUGAGCAGUGGAUUGACUUUGCAUCACUGGAGGUUGACGCCAAUAUUUUGAACUGGUUUAGACCAAGAAUGGGACACACUGUUUACCUUCCUCCAGCUGAGGAAGCUGCUAUUUCUGCAUUGAAGAGAGGUCUUGGUGCUUUGAAUACAUAUUUGGCUUCAAACACUUACCUGGUUGGGCAUGCUGUGACCCUGGCUGAUAUUAUCAUGACAUGCAAUUUGUAUUUGGGAUUCACUCGGCUCAUGACUACGAGCUUUACCUCUGAGUUCCCUCAUGUUGAGAGAUACUUCUGGACCAUGGUUAAUCAAGCAAAUUUCAGCAAGAUAUUGGGUGAGGUUAAACAGACGGAAAAAGUUCCACCUGUUCAGUCUACAAAGCAGCCUUCCCCACCAAAAGAAGCUGCAAAACCAAAGCCUAAGGAUGAGCCAAAGAAAGAAGCGAAGAAGGAACCAGCAAAGCCCAAAGAAGAAGCUGGUGAGGAAGAGGAGGAGGCACCAGCCCCAACCUGCACUCUCAUCUUCUCUCCUUCUCGGCUGAAAAAACUACACAAAUAUACACACACACACAAGCACAAAAGCACACUACUCUCUCUCUCUCUCUACCUCACUUCCCGUGGUCUCCCACAUGCACUUUAUGAUCAAAAACCUUUUUUUUGUUUUUUCUUAAUCAACCCAUUCCCUCUCUCUCAGGUUACUUUUUCUCUCCACCAGACCCACUUUAAUCAUAUCUACCACCAUUCUUUUCUUUAUCACACCUAUCUUUAUCUCUUUUCUAUAACUCUCACCCACGCCUAUGCUUUCUACCUUAAUAUAUUUUUAUUUAAAAUUAUUAUUAUUAUUAUUAUUAUUAUUAUAAAAAAUAAAAAAAUA